AUGUUGAAAAUUUUAAUUUUUUUCAAUUUGAUCUCAAAAAUUGACACAUUCGAAAUUAUUUGUGAACUUGAAAGUCAAGGAAAUAAUCUUAAAACUUACGAAUGUAAAGUAACAACAGAACUGCUCAUAACAGCACCAGGAACCACAAUCGGCAGCUGCUUAACAUCUUCAAAUCACUCAAAAUUCAAUGGAAUUAAAAUUUACAGCAAAAUUGUCAACUUUUUGCCAUUUGGACUCUCAAAAUGCUUCAACAACUUGACUAGUCUGACUGUUGAAGACAGCAAAUUGAUGGAAAUUAAGCAGCAGAACUUGAAAGAGUUCCUGGAUCUCAAUUAUCUGUCAAUGGCUGGAAAUCAACUUAAAAUUAUUGAAAACAACCUUUUUGACUUUAACUUGAAAUUAAUUUUUAUAAAUUUGAGUGACAAUUUGAUCAAAGUCAUCGACACAAGUGCUUUUGCUGUCUUAAAAGAACUCCAGUUCCUCAAUCUACUCAACAACACGUGCAUCAAUGCAUCCAUAACCAACUUUAAUGAUUUAAUUUUUAAACUCGAUGAAAAAUGCUCGAAAUUUGAUAAUUUAUCUACAAUUGAGGAACCGAUGACUGAGAAUGUCAAUUUUAGGUUCUUUGUUGGAUUUACAGUGACUGCUGGUGUUCUGACUGUGAUUAAGACAGUUGUGCUUUGCAUUUGUAAACGAAAAAGAUCAGCGAUUGUUGAAGUUGAAUAA